AUGAGAUUGGCACACGUGCCCAUCAUCGCAUCGCUGAGUCUCGUCUCCGUCGCACAGCUUGUCGUGCAGCAACAGCCACAACCUCCUCGCAUUGUUCUCGACGCUGUCGCCGACGGCGAAGCACCGCAAAACCCCCUCGUCAUGCCUCUUCCUCCUCCGCCCCCGGCCGGUCCGGCGAUCCCGGUGCAGCCGGGCGACGGCUCCGACACGACGGGCCCGCCGUCCGACACCGGCACGGUCAUCCUGUCUGAUGUCAUUGGCCGCGACCGCAGCAUCAAUGUCUUUGCCGGCUUCACGCGCGACUUUGCACCCAUCACAAACCGCUUCGACGACGCGACGCAGAACUCGACGGUGCUGGCGCCGCUCAACUCGGCCAUUGAGGCCCUGCCGCGCAAGCCCUGGGAAGACCCGCAGGACUACCACACGCUGGGCGCCGACGCCUAUGAGGGCAGCGACGGCCAGGAGCGUGCCCAGCAGAACCUGCGGCGGUUUGUGGAGGCGCAUAUUGUGCCCGUGAGCCCGUGGCCGGAGAAGCAAAAGGCCAGCGCCAUGGCGGGCGCGGGCGAGGUGUGGUGGGAGACGCGCUCUGACGGCACGAAAGUGAUUCAACCUGGCAACAUUGAAGUCGCGAGUGUCGCCAGCACGGUUGCCAAUGGCCAGGUGUGGAUCAUCAAGGGCGUGCGCAAUUAUUCGUCGUAG